ACAGAAAUUUGCAAUGUCACAUGUCAAAACAUACAAAGUAAAUAUCCUCAAAUCAAACUCUAAGAAGUUGUCAAGCAGUAUUUCUCUUACUUUCCCUCUCUGCAAACUUCAGUGAUUAUUGCUGGAAGUAUUUUUUUUGUCCAUUAGUAAACAUCGAUUUCACCAUAUGCACACUGACAUUUACUGAUAAAAAACUAAUCCUUCCAACCUACUCAUAUCUUACCCAUACUGCAUUCAGCACAGUAUAGUGCUGAAAUUAUUUUCAGUUUCCUACUGACCUCUGGAUAAAACCUGUGAAACUGGCUACAUUAGGAAGGCUAUGAGCAGUUACAGAGGCACUGGAGCUCUCUCUUCUGUUGAUGCAUAGCUGAACAGUCUUUCCCCAAAUGUUCAGAGAACAAUUUCCUCUUUGAACAGAGAUCAGUCCUGGACAACUUAAGCCCAAAAAUGGAAUAAUCAAAUCAGAUAAAGUAUAUGAAGUAAUGUUGGCUACAGACCGUUGCCACUAUGCAAAAUGCAACCCUUAUAUGGAUUCUCCUCAAUCAAUAGGUUUCCAAGCAACUAUCAGUGCCCCACACAUGCAUGCAUAUGCUCUAGAAUUACUAUCUGAACAGUUACAUGAAGGAGCCAAAGCCCUUGAUGUAGGAUCUGGAAGUGGAAUUCUCACAGCAUGUUUUUCACGAAUGGUUGGUCCCCAAGGACGAGUUGUAGGAAUUGAUCAUAUCAAAGAGUUAGUAGAUGACUCAAUAAAUAAUGUCAAAAAGGAUGAUCCUACAUUACUGUCUUCAGGAAGAGUGAAACUGAUGGUGGGGGAUGGAAGAAUGGGAUAUCCAGAAGAAGCUCCCUAUGAUGCUAUUCAUGUAGGAGCUGCAGCCCCGGUUGUGCCCCAAGCACUCAUAGACCAAUUAAAACCUGGUGGAAGAUUGAUAUUACCAGUCGGCCCUGCAGGUGGAAACCAGAUGCUGGAACAAUAUGAUAAACUAGAAGAUGGCAGUGUCAAAAUGAAGCCUCUGAUGGGAGUGAUAUAUGUGCCUUUAACAGAUAAAGAGAAGCAAUGGUCCAGGGAUGAAUUAUAAAAGCUACAUCAUCUUGACCCAAACAUAGUGUUACAGUGGACUGCCCAUCUCCAGUUCUAAAAGCUUUUUGAAAACCAACAGCAUUGCAGCUUGUUUUGGAUUUUGUUAUACUGUUAUCAGCAUGGAAAAGCGUGGUGUUUUUAUUUCCUUUUUUUUAGAGGCUUAAGGCAAAUCUGGCAAAGAGUUGAUGGAAAGUUUAAAUUUGGGCUGUUUCUUUUUAACAUGCCUUUUUUACUUUCAUCUGGUUAAAGAAAUGAAUUUCUGCAAAAAUGCAGACCUACAGUUUGUGAACUCUUUAAUUUUGAUGGCAGAUACUUUUUGAACACUUUAUUUCAGCUCCAUUGUUCCUUGGUAAAAUUGCUUCUGUGCACCUUAUAACACUACACACACAAUGGCAGGUUCUCUAUGUUCAGAUGUCUGCUAAAUGUUACUAAGAAAAUGAGAUGAACUUCCUUUUUAAAGCUUGUGACACGGUGUCAUAGACUAGCAUGUAGUAGAUGCAAUCAGCUGCGUUAUUACCUUGAAAGUGGGCAUUUGUAUAUAUAUUAAACUUCACGACAUCAGAGAUGACAGCUCUUGUUAUAAACUCUAUGGUUCAGGUUGGACAUAACUGACAUAGUUUUUUCCUUCCUUGUCAAAAAAAAAAAUUAGAGGAAACAUGUAGCUCAGUAUUGUUUUGUAGCUCACUGCUGAUAUCUAUAUGAAUUUAACAUAACAAAUGCUGUGUAAGCUAUGUCCUAAACACUGAACAGUUUAUGCAGUGCUGCUUUGCCAAAUAAAGUUAAAAGCAAAAA